UGAUAAAAAGUUGAUAACAAACAAAACUGAUAACAAAGUUUUAGUAGAACUUUAUCUCUCAAUAACACGGCAUUUAUUGCGUAAUUUUGUGCUAUUCAUAUUAUUUCAUUAAUAAUCGCGACGUUGGGUGAACAUACGUACCAAAAAUGACGAGUAAAAACAUUGUGUUUGUCGGAAUAAUCGCUAGUUCGAGUUCUCUAAACAAACUUGAUAUAAACUCCGGAUACAUUGCAGUUCAACAUGGAAAGAUUGUCAAAAAAGGUUCUACAGAUGAGUUUGUCAAAUCUGAGAAAGCUGGAGAAUUCUCAAGCUAUAAAGUAAUGAAAUUAAGCCGGAACCAAUUUAUCAUACCUGGGUUCGUAGACUGCCACACCCAUGCUCCUCAGUUUCCUAAUAUCGGCCUAGGUUUAGAUAGACCGCUAUUAGAAUGGCUAGCGAAAUACACAUUCCCUCUGGAGAAAAAGUAUAGUGACACAGAGUUUGCUGCUAAGGUCUACGACCAGGUAGUGCAACGGUUACUAACCAACGGUACAACAACUGCCUGCUAUUUUGGUUCCCUACAUGUAGAAGGAACAUUAGAACUAGUCAAAAGUGCCAUCAAGCACCACCAAAGAGCUCUUAUAGGUAAAGUGAGCAUGAACCAAGAAAAUGAUGCAGGGUACUACAAUGAGACCAAGAAAGAGUUAGCUGAUGUCGAAGAAUUCAUCAAAACAGUUAUUUCUUAUCAGAAUGAACUAGUGGCACCAGUGGUGACCCCAAGAUUUGCAGUCAGUUGUGAUAAAGAAUUAAUGGAAGGCUUGUCAAAAAUAGCUAGACAAUAUGAUUGCCGGAUACAGAGCCAUAUAUCAGAAAACCUAUCAGAAAUAGAAUAUGUAUUACAAACAAACCCCAAAUGCAGAACUUAUGGAGAUGUUUAUGAUGAAAGUGGUAUAUUUACUGACAAGUGUAUAAUGGCUCAUGCAGUUCACCUAACAGACGAGGAGUUGACCUUGUUGCUGAGUAGAGGAGUGUCCGUAGCUCACUGUCCGGCCUCUAAUACAAGGCUCAAGUCUGGGCUCUGUCCUGUUAGAAGAAUUAUCAAUGCUAACAUUACUGUUGGAUUGGGGACAGAUGUGUCCGGUGGCGACAACGCAUCAAUACUGGAUGCUAUACGAAGAACUAUGGACAUCUCCAUGUGUUUAGAGAUGCAAGGCAGUCCCAACUACGCUCUGAACUGGAAGGAAGCUUUCUACCUCGCUACUUUAGGCGGUGCUAAAGCUUUGAACUUGGAUCACAAAGUUGGCAACUUCGAUGUAGGCAAAGAUUUUGACGCCUUGUUGGUAGAUGUGUAUUUGAAGGGUAGCCAGAUUGACGAGUAUGAAGGAGCUUUACCAACUACCUCUGAAGAAUAUGUCGUGGACUUGCUACAGAAAUUCAUAUUCUUGGGAGACGACAGGAAUAUUGUGCAAGUUUAUGUGAAAGGAGAAUUAGUGAAAAAUCUUUUGUAACCAUUUCUGGGUAAGAUACAUAGUAGUAAGUAAUUAAGAUUAUCAAUAUUUUAUGCAAAGCACUCUUCCAAUGCCAUCGUACGUAAUUCAAUGUGAUAUUUACAUUUUCUAUAAAAUAUUUUUAGACACUUUAAAAUCAGUGUUGUUUUUACAAUUUAGUCUUAAAUAAAAUCUUGGACAUAAAUAAAACUCAACGGUAAUUUGUUAUACUUUUUA